AUGACUCAGCUGCUGAGCAAUAUCAAAGGCAUUAUCAAUGCUUUCUACGUGUCCGCAAAGAAGGAUGGCGCCUGCCCCACGUUGAGCAAGGGGGAGCUGAGGCAGCUUAUCUGCAAGGAGUUUACUGAUGUGACUGUGGUCCCCCCGGGUCUCCAGACCAUAGACAAGAUGCUGCAGCUGCUGGACACUGACAGUGAUGGCAGACUUGACUUCAGCGGGUUUCUCGUGCUGGUGUUCCAAGUGGCCAAGGCUUGUUACAGGGAAGUAAGCCAGGGUCAGCGACCAGGCCACGGUGGACGCUCAGCAUCCCAGGGAGAAGCAAAGUGUGGGGAGCACGCACAGGAGCCUCAGAUACCAGAGCGAGACCCGACCCCACAUCAGGCUCCGGAGUUCCAGAUUUCAGAACGGGACCCGAGCCCCCAUCAGGCCCCUGAGCCUCAAACACCAGAGCAGGACCCGAGCCCCCAUCAGGCCCCCGAGCCUCAAACACCAGAGCAGGACCCGAGCCCCCAUCAGGCCUUGAAGCCUCAAACGCCGGAGCGGGACCCAAGCCCCCAUCAAGUGCUGGAACCCCAGAAACCAGAGCAGGACCUGAGCCCCCGUCAGGCCCUGGAGCCUCAAACACCAGAGAGGGACCCGACCCCACGUCAGGCUCCGGAGUUCCAGAUUUCAGAACGGGACGCGAGCCCCCAUCAGGCCCCCGAGCCUCAAACGCCGGAGCGGGAUCCAAGCCCCCAUCAAGUGCUGGAACCCCAGAACCCGGAGCAGGACCCGAGUCCCCGUCAGGCCCUGGAGCCUCAAACGUCAGAGUGGGACCCAAGUCCCCGUCAGGCCCCAGAGCCCCAGAAACCGGAGCAGGACCCGAGCUCCCAUCAGGCUCCCGAGCCUCAAACACCAAAGCAGGAUUCGAGUCCCCAUCAGACCCCGGAGCCUCAAACACCAGAGAGGGACCUGAGCCCACGUCAGGCUCCAGAGUUCCAGAUUUCAGAGCAGGACCCAAGCCCCCAUCAGGCCCCCAAGCCUCAAACACCAGAGCAGGAUUCGAGUCCCCAUCAGACCCCGGAGCCUCAAACACCAGAGAGGGACCUGAGCCCACGUCAGGCUCCAGAGUUCCAGAUUUCAGAGCAGGACCCAAGCCCCCAUCAGGCCCCCAAGCCUCAAACACCAGAGCAGGAUUCGAGUCCCCAUCAGACCCCGGAGCCUCAAACACCAGAGAGGGACCUGAGCCCACGUCAGGCUCCAGAGUUCCAGAUUUCAGAGCAGGACCCAAGCCCCCAUCAGGCCCCCAAGCCUCAAACACCAGAGCAGGAUUCGAGUCCCCAUCAGACCCCGGAGCCUCAAACACCAGAGAGGGACCUGAGCCCACGUCAGGCUCCAGAGUUCCAGAUUUCAGAGCAGGACCCAAGCCCCCAUCAGGCCCCCAAGCCUCAAACACCAGAGCAGGAUUCGAGUCCCCAUCAGACCCCGGAGCCUCAAACACCAGAGAGGGACCUGAGCCCACGUCAGGCUCCAGAGUUCCAGAUUUCAGAGCAGGACCCAAGCCCCCAUCAGGCCCCCAAGCCUCAAACACCAGAGCAGGAUUCGAGUCCCCAUCAGACCCCGGAGCCUCAAACACCAGAGAGGGACCUGAGCCCACGUCAGGCUCCAGAGUUCCAGAUUUCAGAGCAGGACCCAAGCCCCCAUCAGGCCCCCAAGCCUCAAACACCAGAGCAGGAUUCGAGUCCCCAUCAGACCCCGGAGCCUCAAACACCAGAGAGGGACCUGAGCCCACGUCAGGCUCCAGAGUUCCAGAUUUCAGAGCAGGACCCAAGCCCCCAUCAGGCCCCCGAGCCUCAAACACCAGAGCAGGACCCGAGUCCCCAUCAGGCCCUGGAGCCUCAAAUGUCAGAGCGGGACCCAAGUCCCCGUCAGGCCCCAGAGCCCCAGAAACCAGAGCAGGACCCGAGCUCCCAUCAGGCCCCCGAGCCUCAAACACCAAAGCAGGAUUCGAGUCCCUGUCAGGCCCCGGAGCCCCAGACACCAGAGCAAGACCCAAGCCCCCAUCAAGUGCUGGAACCCCAGACACAAGAGCAGGACCCGAGCUUCCGUCAGGCCCCAGAGCCUCAAACGCCGGAGCAGGACUCAAGUCCCCGUCAGGCCUCAGAGCCCCAGAUACCAGAGCGGGACCCAAGCCCCCAUCAGGACCUGGAGCCCCAGAUACCAGAGCAGGACCUGAGCCAUAGCGAGACAGAACUUCCACCAACACAGCAGCGAAACCAAGGUGUUCAGGACCCAAGAGAACCUGCUGCAGGACAAGCCUCUAAAUCAUCUCAGUGCCUGUACUCCUGGCAUUAUCAGAAACCACUACCCUUUCCUCACUGGUGGCCAUCAAAGAAGUAA